AUGUCUCAUCCUGAGGUCCAAGGCGUUGUCAUCCUCGCCCGCAACGGCGACCGCACUGAGUGCUACCAGCACCCCAUUACCCAGAAGCCGGGCUACACCCAGAGCACCCCGCUCGGCGAGGCCCAGGCGCAUCAGCUCGGAACGUACCUCCGCAACUUGUACCUUGACUCGAGCUCUUCAUCCCACAUUCGUGGGAUCCACAGCGACCUCGUCGACCUCAAGGAGAUCCAUGUUCGUGUCAAGGUCGGCGGUGAGGGCGCGUCCGUCUUCGACUCCGCCACCGCCUUGCUCCAGGGUCUCUUCCCGCCCAACCCGGCAAACAGGAUCACCCUCGCGAACGAGACCACCAUUGUGGCACCGCUGAACGGGUACCAGUACAUCCCCGUCGAGACUGUCGAGCCCUCCAACGACCGCUCCCUCGAACCGUGGACCGACUGCCCCGCGUUCGAGAAACACGUCCAGGAUGUGCAGAGCACUUCCGAGUUCAAGGAGGCGACUAAGAAUGCUCAGCCCUUCUUCAACUCCCUCAAGGACUUCGUCUAUGGACGGGAGAUCUCCAUGGAGAACAUGUACAAUAUCUGGGACUUCGUCAACUCGGAGCUCAUCCACAACAAGACCUACGCGCACCGCCUCCCGCCUACGUUCAUCGAACAGGCGCGCGGGUACGCCAACAUGCGCGAGGACGCCAUCCACUCUGACAAGGCGAUGGGCGGUAUCGGGAACAUCGCCAGCCGCACCGCGAUGAGCUCCAUCCUGAAGGCUCUCCAGCGCAUCGCAUUCAACGGCGACCCGCUCCAGCUGAUGGUCAUCGAGAGCACUUACCAGCCGUUCAUCUCGUUCUUCCACCAGACCGGCGUGGUCGACUCCCACCCCGAGCUCAAGGCCAUCCCGGACUUCGGGUCGGCCCUCGCUAUCGAGCUCCGCCGUGCGCCGCCCCCGGAUGCGCGCGACUUCCUGCGCUUCAAGUUCCGCAACGGCACGCACGAGGACUUCCGCACGAUCCACGUCUUCAAGCACCACGAGGACAUUCCCCUCACUGAGUUCAUCUACCGCCUCGAGAACUCCGUCAUCGACAGCAACCGCGAGUGGGCGCAGGCGUGCAGCGCGCGCUCCACGACCGGUGCGGGCUGGCUCGGGCUCCCCGAGCGCGCGACAACGGGCAGCAAGGUCGCGGACGCGUCGCUCGGCGUGUUCCUCGCGCUCUUCAUGAUGCUCGCCAUGUUCGUCGCGGGCAAGGCGAUUCGCCGCCGCCACGCUGUCCGCCUCAACGGCCCCGAGGACCGCCUCUCCGCUGCCCCGAGCGAGGUCGUCCAGCUCCGUGGCGAGAAGGGCCGCCUUCCGCUCUGAACGCGCAAGGGUUGAUGAGGGUUUGGCUUCUUGGUAGAGGUUUGUGGUGAGGUUAUAAAUACGGAUUGUGAUUGGGACCCUGGAUCUGAGUUAUGAACAUUUUGUGGUAUCGUCAGCGCUUGAGCAUCUUGUGUACGCAAUUAUAUAAUGCAUCUCAC